AUGCCGGUAAUCGAUCAACCCCCUCCUACAGAAGGGCCGGAAACGUUUUUGGAUUGGAGUCGAAUCGUUGAGGAUGGGGGGCGGCUUCCUGAAGACAUGCUUUCUUCUGACUACCCUUUACCGGCGCUUGCAGCAGAAACAGAAUCUGGCUCAUCAAGUACAACAACUGUCGUGCGGUUGACCGGGGUGAAGAGGCUUUACAAAUUACCACCUCUACUUUCGGAAGACGAGUGGCAGGACGACUACCAGCAGUGGGCCGCGAACAUAGCACAGGAGGUGCAGAGAAGAAGGCCCCACCUUGUGAACUGGGCUCCGCAUAAGCUCCUGCUCGUAGCUCAGAUAAUGGCGCAAGUGUCACGUCUGGAAGACGAUUGA